GUUCUAUUUCUGGCUAGAACAAGAUAUUUGCGAUUUUUUUUAUUCACGCUCCGUCAGUAUAUCUUGAUAUUGUGCAGCCUUGUUAUUGUGCAGUGGCCAACACUGUUGCACAAUCAACUGGGGGAGGGAUUUAUAAUGCUUAAUGACAUAAUCUGUUUUUUGUUUGAAUAACUCUGAAGAUGAAAUUCGGACCAGUGUUGGACACCACUCAAUUGAAACGUCUGAAGGAACACAAAUACAGUUGUACCAGCUCAAGUGUUCUUGAACCCUUGCUCCAGCCUUGGUGGAACUGGGUAGUGCAAUGUUUGCCAUUAUGGCUUGCACCAAACUUAAUAACCAUCACAGGACUCAUUCUAAAUAUUCUGACAUCUCUGGUCCUUGUCUACUAUAACCCUGAUGGAAAACAAGAGUCACCGAGAUGGGCAGCUCUACUAUGCGCUGUAGGAAUUUUCGUCUACCAGACUUUAGACGCAAUAGAUGGAAAACAAGCUCGCCGGACCAAUUCUUCCUCGCCAUUGGGCGAACUUUUUGAUCACGGAUGCGAUUCUUUAUCCACCGUGUUUGUCGCCUUGGCCGCAUGCGUCACUGUCGGACUAGGUACACAUCCGUGGUGGAUGUUCUUCCAGUGCUUCACCGGUUUCACCCUUUUUUACUGCGCACACUGGCAGACAUAUGUCUCAGGCACAUUGAGAUUCGGGAAAAUUGACGUGACCGAAGCCCAGUAUGGGAUUAUCGGGUUGCACUUGUUGACCUUUAUCUUUGGCGGUAACAUGUGGCAGCAAAACUUGCCUAUGCUGGGAUUCGGGUGGAAUAUCAUCGUGGUCGUGUCAGUGUUUUUGGCGCAGUCGUACACUUUUUUCACCGAGUACUUGGGCUGCAUUUUAAGCGGAGGAUCAGGGAAAAAUGGAUCGACUAUUGCCGGAACAAGUGUUCUAUCACCUGCCAUCCCGCUAGGUCUGGUAAUUGUUCCGGCCUACAUCAUUGCCUGUAAAAGUGAAGAACACAUAUUCGAGGAACAUCCUUCACUGUACAUCAUUGCCUUUGGUUUAGUAAUAGCUAAAGUCACCAACCGACUCGUGGUAGCGCAUAUGACUCGCAGUGAGAUGGAUUAUCUGGAUCCGGUGCUGAUUGGUCCAGCUCUCCUUUUUCUUAACCAGUACUUCAACAAUUUCAUCCAGGAGUACUACGUUCUGUGGCUGUGCUUGAUAUGGGCAGCCAUUGACUUGUACCAUUACUGCCAUCGUGUCUGCCUGGAAAUAUGCGAAGAGCUCAAUAUAGAACUCUUCCGCAUUAGUGCCAGGGAGGCUGUGCCAGCAGGAGCAGUGUCUGCAGCGUUAGACUUUGCUGCCAGUACCAACGGCCGGAAUGGCCGACAUAGAAGAACAUAGUUAGGUUUUGGGCAAAUUCUAAAUCUAUAAACAAGAAAGCAAAAAAAAACAA